AUGGACGAGAGCUUUGUUUCUUUUGAGGUCACCACUGCCACGUCACUCCCCACAUUCCGCUGCCCCCAGGUGACCGUGCGGCGGCGCUUCAAGGACGUGGUGGCGCUGUCGCGGCUGCUCGAGUUGCUGCUGCCGGGCACGAUCCUGCCGGCGCGGCCGCGGCGCAACUUUGUGGAGGGGCGGCUGAAGAUGACGCCCGCUUUCGUGGAGCAGAGUUGCGUGUGCGUGUGA